UCCCUAGGAGCCUCCCGGUCAAGUAUCUGCCGAGCGCUGAACUCCUCGAUUCCGCGUCGACGGCUGUAAUGCAAUGGUAGAGUAUUCUGGAUGGAUUGCUGAGCCACAUAGAACAGAAAAGCUGAGGUAGCUUCUGAUAACAGGAUUCUGCUUUACUCCUACCUCCUUAGUAUGGGCAUAUCAUUUCUUGUUUGCUUCAUUCUUGGACUGUUGCCUAUAAGAAUCACUGGGAAGACCUGGAAAUGCCAACAUAUCUCCUAUAACUUGACCCGAGAUUAUACAGUAAAAUAUGACUUCCCUACGUUCAGAGCUACGUCUGCGAUCCAGAAUAUGGUUACCUAUGAGCCUGGUAAUGUUAUUUUUGUUGCAGUUCAGAAUAAGAUUUACACAUUGAACUCAGAACUGAAAAUUCUGUCUACUCUAGUGACUGGGCCCUGGGGGAGUACUGAGUGCGAGAUCUGUGCUCUCUGUCCAGUGAAAGGGCCAGUGGAUUUUCAAAACACAGACAACAAAGUUUUGGUGAUGGAUCCUGUUGAACCUUGGCUUUACAGUUGUGGAAGUUCUCAACAUGGCAUCUGUUUCCAGCAUAGGAUUGAGAUACAGGGUGACAUUGUUUUGCUUGGGGAAACCUCCUGCUUGUAUUCGCCUGAGCAGAACAGGCCUUCUGAGUGUCCAGACUGUGUGGCCAGUCCCUUAGGCACAACACUUGUAGUUGUUGAUAUGCGAUCUGCUUCAUACUUUUAUAUUGGAUCUACCAUCAACACAACCAUAGCAGACACAUACAGCCCCAAAUCAGUGUCAAUACGGAGACCAAAGAGUACUUUGGAUGGGUUUGCUUAUCCUUUCCACUCCUUAACUGUGCUGCCGGAGUAUCAAGACACAUACUCUAUUCACUAUGUGUAUUCCUUUCAAUACCAGAAGUUUGUCUAUUUUUUGACAGUCCAAAGGGAAGAUCCUAUUUCCAAUUCAUACCACACUAGGAUAGGACGACUUAGCACUGAAGAGACUGAGGUUCACAGGUACCGAGAGCUGAACUUGGAUUGUCGCAUUCAAUCUAAGCGGAAGAGGAGCCUGAGCAUAAUGCCUAAAGAUGUAGUUUUUAAUGUCUUGCAGGCAGCUCAUGCUACCAAUCCUGGUUCCAUGUUGGCUCAAGCAAUCGGUACCAGUGAAAGAGAACUGGUUCUCUUUGGUGUGUUUGCUGAAAGCCAUCGGGACAGCAAAGUGCCUCAGAAGUACUCGGGCGUUUGUGCUUUUCCUCUGCAUAUGAUCAAUAAAGCUAUUGAAACAGGGAUGACGAAGUGCUGCAGUUUGGACGUUCAUGACAAGAUGCUUCGAGGACUAACGUUUUAUCAACACAUGGAGUACUGCCCACAUAAUGUGAGUCCUCAUCAAGAGUUUUCUGCUUUCAUAUAUACUGUAUAUUAUAUAGAUUUCUUAGGGGUAGUGAGAUAGCUAUUUUAGUAGAGUUAUUACAAUUAAAAAAAAACAAAAACCCAAAUAUGCCAAAUUUUUAUAAAUAAAAAUUGUGCUGUUUUGUUUUAUGUUUUAUUAGAUUUAUUUAUAGAUUUAUAUUAGAUUUUGGUGCUGUUGGUACCAAAACUUCAGUACAAGUAUCAGAGAGGCAGCAGAGGGAUUAAUUGAGCAUUAGUAGUACAGGUGAGUUUAGUUUUGAACUCUAGUACAAAUCUCAUCUUGGUCUGUCACAACACACUUCUGAAAUGACAUAAUUUGACCUUAUGUACAGUCCAAAAUAACCUUUUUGUUGAUCCCUCUUUAUUUGGAUAACAUUUGCAAAUCAUGACAU